AUGUCAGGGUGUAUCGAAGGAGAAACUUUUGUUGAACAAGUACAUCUCCUCUUGGUGGAUAAGACACGACAAUCCAAUCAUUUGAUCUGGGAAGGAUGUUUAUCUGCUUAUGCGCCAUUGAGUGAAAUCUUUCAAAGAUGGGUAAAUGAGAAUCAUCCUGGAAGUCCCGUUGGACAAUAUUCAUUCACCCUUGAUAGUUUACAAGGUCAGCCAUUGAGUGGCGAUGAGACAUGUCAUGAUCUCGGUGUGCAUUCAGGUAGGAAGAUUUAUGCCAUAGUAUGGUUGACUUAG